AUGACAGCAUGCAAGCCUCUCAGCGGCGACGAGACGUGCGACUUGCAGAAGCCUGUAUGCACACGAUGUCAGCGUUAUCCCAAGGGGUGCGUAUACAAUCUAAGUCUCGUUGGCCAGGCAGUCAAACCUCGCCCGGCGAAACAGCAGCUCAGUGCAUCUCGCACAGGAGUUGCAAUUGAUAGACAGGACCAACUGGAUGUUACCCAGAGCCUAGAGGCAUUGGCCAAUCAACCAUCCCUUCAUCUCUCGUCGACCCUGUCAUCCGAGCAAUCCAGAUUCUUCAUGCACAUCUUCGCCACGGAGACAGCACCCAGGCUGUUCCCUGCAGCGCCCGAUCUGUUUCUAAAGCGAAUGAUCAGUGCUUCGAUGCAGACACCUCAUCUUUUGUAUGCGCUACUAGCCGCAGCCUGCAGCCAUCACAGCCGGCUGGUGCAGGAUACAAGCCCGUCGUCCAAGAUAGCGUGUCUGAGAUUCACCAACCUUGCCAUCUCCAGCCUGCGGUCGACGAUCAGCGAGUCAAGCCAGAGAUUACCUACUGAGACAGUCGCGACAGCAAUGGCAUUGUGCACAAAUGACGUCUGUAACGGUAACAUGCACGUCUGGAGGACACAUCUCGGCGGAGUCAGGCAGCUGCUGAAUGCUUUCUUGGCGCAGGAAAAAUCUCGCUGGGUACAGGAUUCGUAUAUCCAUUCGCUAGUCAAAUGGUUCACGACGCUGAAUCUGAUAGCGAGCCUGUCGGGGCAGAGCCAUAUAGGAAUUACCUCCGAGGCCGCAAAGGAGCCUUUGAACGAGCUUCUUGGUCAGAGUUCCGGAUACAUCGAUGAUGUCUGCGGUUAUUCGCUGGAAUUAGUCCCGUGUUUGACUCAAUUAUCCCACCUCAUCCAUCAACAACGUAUGACUGCGAGUACGUCAGACGAUAUGCUACAAGAUGCGAUGAUCUUGCAGCAAAGCCAGCUCCUCGAGAACGAACUCUUCAUGCUACUUGACACUACUGUAUCCGACACAACCAUGAAAAGCAAAGGAGAACUUGCUUUGGAGUUACAACAUACCCAUCGCGCCUUUGUUCACACCGCUCUACUGCACCUACACCGUCGUGUUCAAAAGUUGCCGAUCAGCCACCCGCAAGUCAGAGCCGACGUCGCAGGUAUCAUUUGUGCCGUCCAAGACAUCCGCCCAUUCUCGGCGGCGAAUAUCAUCAUUCUCUGGCCUGUCUUCAGUGCUGGUUGUGAGACAGAUAUGCCUAGCGAGCGCUGCAUCAUUCAGGGAAGAAUGGCCAACAUGCAGAGUCUUGGAAUGGGGAAUUUCACGAGAGCUCGAGACUUGUUGAACCUUUUCUGGGCAUCGAGGACGACUUUGCAAUGGGACGCGUUUUUCGCACAGCUUGGGCUGGAGUUGGUUCUGUUCUAA